AUGGCACAGAGGAGACAAGAGCUGGAGAAGGAAUUGGUUGGGCUUGCGCAGAAGGGUGCCUUCGCCCUCAUCGCACAGAAUCUUGAGGAAUACGAGUACUUCUGUGCUGAGAAUCCCAAAGAUGCACUGCCUCUCUACGGUGCCCAGCUGCUGUCGUACCUGAUCGAAAAUGAGAUUCACUACGCUCGCUUCCUGUGGCGGAGGAUCCCCAAGAAGAUCAAGGAAACCGAUCCCGAAUUGAACGCCAUCUGGACGAUUGGCCAGAACGUGUGGAACAAGAAGUACACCGACAUCUACCAGAGCGCACAGGCCUACAACUGGAGCCCAGGCACCGUGCUUUUCGUGCAGGCCUUCGUGGAGAAGUUCAGGGAGCGCACCUUCAAGCUCAUCUCGAGCGCCUACUCCAACAUCUCGACCGGCGAUCUUGCCGUGCUUCUCGGCCUCAGCGAGCAGGACGCCAUUACGCUGGCGGUGCAGCACGGCUGGACGCACGAUGCUGCUUCGGGAUCAGUGGCUCCCAGGCCCAUCGUCCCCGAGACGAGGCAGGGCGCUUCGCUCGACCAGCUGCAGCAGCUCACCGACUACGUGUGCUUCCUCGAGGAGAACUAA